AGAGGACUGGGCCAAACUGGAGGAAAGGGCCAGGCUUCCCCGCGCACCAUCCUCGGAUUGGCCCAGAGGCGCCGGCGUCUGCGCAAGCGCAGCAUCGCCUCUGGUUUCCACAGCAACGGGUUCAACAGCUGCCUCUGAGGAAAGGAAAGGAGUGAGAAAGGGGGGUCCUGAUCGGAAGCGAAGGAAUCUCCAGAAACUGGUGUCUUCGGCCAUGAGUUCGGUGGAGGUGGACGAACACGUGGCCCAGCGCUACCUCAUCAAGCGGCGGCUCGGGAAGGGGGCCUAUGGCAUCGUUUGGAAAGCUGUAGAUCGAAGGACAGGGGAAAUCGUGGCCAUCAAGAAGAUCUUUGAUGCCUUCAGAAACAAGACAGAUGCACAGAGAACAUUCAGAGAAAUCACGUUUCUCCAGGAGUUUGAUAAUCACCCCAACAUCAUCCGGCUUCUGAAUGUCAUCAGGGCAGAAAAUGACAGGGACAUUUACCUAGUAUUUGAAUCCAUGGACACAGACCUGCAUUCUGUCAUCCGGAAAGGGAACCUGCUGAAGGAUAUUCAUAAAUGUUACAUCCUUUACCAGCUUCUGCGUGCAACCAAAUUCAUUCACUCAGGGAAUGUCAUCCACAGAGACCAAAAGCCCUCCAAUGUUCUUCUGGAUGCUGACUGUUGUGUAAAACUCUGUGACUUUGGCCUUGCACGUUCCCUGAGUCAACUUCAUGAAGAACCAGGGAACCCAGCCCUGACAGAGUAUGUGGCUACACGCUGGUACCGAGCCCCAGAAAUCCUGUUGUCUUCACACCGGUACACACAGGGUGUGGACAUGUGGAGCUUGGGCUGUAUCCUGGGGGAGAUGCUGCUUGGGAGACCUUUAUUCCCAGGAACUUCUACCCUCAACCAGCUUGAGCUAAUCCUGGCAGCCAUCCCAGCCCCAAACAAAGAGGACUUCCUGGCCAUUGGCUCAGAAUACAGUGCUUGUGUCCUCCAGCGCAUGGGCCCCCGGCAGCUAGUGACCCUGGACUCCCGCCUCCCACCAACCACUCCUCCUGAGGCCCUGGAUCUGUUGCAACGACUACUAGUAUUUGACCCAGAGAAGCGGCUGACAGCAGAUGAGGCUCUGAGGCACCCCUAUGUGAGGAGAUUCCACUGUCCAGCCAAGGAACCAGCCCUGGAGUAUGAAAUAAUUUUGCCUGUGGAUGAUGGUGUGCAACUCUCUGUGGUGGACUAUCGCAACCGACUUUACAAGAUGAUCCUGGAUCGAAGGGUCAACAGUCAGCUCCAAAGGCUGGAGAUUCAGAGAGAAGUGGUGGGGGAUCUUCCCCGGUCAAGCUCUGUACCCUUGCCCUCCCAGAAGGAUCCCCUCCUGCAGAACCAUACCUCUGAGUCAGCCCAGGCUCUGGGGGAACAACCCCAAACCUCCACCCUGAGGGAACGUCGAGCACAAAUCCCUGGACCCAGGCCACAGAGUGAACCUGCCCCCAGCCGUGACACCCUUGGUCCCCGGCAGGGGCCAGCACCCUCCAUCUGGCUACAACAUCGAGGUUUCUCAGGGAAGAGGCGACAGUCAUGUUGGGGUGAUACUCGCACCCUGACUGGCCCACUUGGGGAGAAGCCAGGCCUCAGAUGGAAUGGGCCUAACAACUUCCUCACUGCCCAUGCAGCCGCAGUGACCAACCAGGCCCUCAUGCGCAAGGACAGCUCCCUGAUGGGCGUCAUGACUUCCACAAGCACCCGUCUGGUCCCUCGCCUGCCCCCUGGCUCUACUCAGGAUGCUCGACCUCUCCUGUGUCCUGCAAGGAGGAUGUUCCAGUCCUCUGCCUCCCAGGGGACUAUAGGGGCAGCCAGGGCCGCCCUGGGAGGCUAUUCCCAGGCCUAUGGUACCAUCUGCAGGUCAGCCCUGUAUGGUCUGCCCCUCUCUUAUUCCUCCCUUCAUCCCCUCCCUCAUGUACCUCCGUCCUGAUUCCCUUCUAAAGACGACCUAACUGUUUCUCUUCCGUACUUUUUCCAAUCCUUGACUAGUCCCUAUCUGCCCAGAGAUAUCCCCAACCUGCCUCACCCUAUGGACUUCGCUCAUCUGAUUUCCCAUGACCCUCUGAACCUUUUAUUUCUUUACUCAGACAUUCCCUAUACAUAGGAUCCCUCAUCUGACUCACUCAAUGGGAUCUCUAGCUUGGAGAAUGUUUGGCGUCAGCCAUGGGAGUCUGUUCCCUUUACCCUUCCCCAAAAAACAUCAACAUUUUAAAAAAUAAAGUGUCUGAUUUUCUGUAUCAUUUGAUAUUCCUCCAGCAUAGGGAAUUGAGCUUCCCGAAACCCUGACUUUCCUUUUCUUGCCCUAUAACCAGAACCAUAUAACCCCACAUAUAAAUGCAUCAUUUAUGACUGCUUAAUUUUUUGUUGUUGUCCAUAUGC